AUGGCUCGUGACCCAGACACCCCCACCCAGGCCGACGGAAUGCUAUGGUCCGACAGGUUCACGCCCUCCGAGCCCUCCCAACUAGCCGUCCAUCCCAAGAAACUCGCCCUCGUCCACGCCUGGCUGUCCGACGCCAUCCACGCCGGCCCCCACACCCGCAAGUACCGCAGACUGCUCGUCCUCGCCGGCCCCGCUGGCGCCGGAAAGAGCGCCAUCAUCCACACCCUUGCUCAUCACCCCGCCCUCCACACCUCCGCGCCCCCGCCUGCUAGCACGUCUUCUGCUAGGUCCGCUCAGUCUGCCCUCUCGGCCCCCGCCCUCGACGGCAUCGGGUACGAGAUACUCGAGUGGAAAAAUACCGGCAACGAGUCGAGCGUUUCGAAGCCGCAAGAGUUCGGUUUAUGGCUCAUGAGGGCCAGUGCCGGGCCGACGCUCUCGUUCAAUGACGACGCCGACGAAGAAGAAGGCCCGACCGGGCUCUCCCCACCGUGCACGGGCAGUGCCCGGGGACCCAAGCUACCGACGGUGCUGCUCGUCGAUGAUCUCCCGAACCUGAGCCACGCCGACACGGGGCGGAUGUUCGUGGAUGCGCUCCGCCAGCAUCUCCACAGUCGGCGCCCCGCCACGCCGCCCCUGGUCGUCAUCAUCUCCGACACCAGCGUCACGCCGGGCGCGCACGGCUUCGAGGAACGAGCGGCCGGCGGCUUCGCCGGCCCCGACGACCGGCCCAUCAACGUCCACACCCUCCUCCCCACCGACAUCCUCCACCAUCCCGCCGCCUGUCUCCUCAAACUCUUGCCCGUCAAUAACACCCUCAUGAAGAAGCUGCUCGCGAGGACCGUCCAGAUCGCCGCGCCGACCACCCCCGAUCCUUCCUUCCUCCCCGGCCCCAAACAUCUCGACUUCGUCGUCGAGGCGUCCAACGGCGAUCUGCGAGCCGCGCUGAAUAACUUGCAGCUCUUGUUCGCGCUGCCUUCUCGCAAGAUCGGCAAAUCGGGCGACAGUCGAUCUAAGAGAAACGAUGCCCUGUCUGGCCCCCCGUCUCUCUUCAACAGACAGUUACUGGGUUCGCGCGACGAAUCGUUGGUCAUCUUCCACAGUCUAGGCAAGAUCUUAUACAACAAACGAUGGGGCGAUGAUGCGAAAGAGGAUGCAAAAGAUAAGCGGGUCCGGGGGCCCAGACCGGACCCCUUGCCGGCCUUCUGGGCCGCAUACCAGCGGCGCCAGAUGAAGACGGACAUCGAUAAAUUAUACGCCGAUCUGAGUGUCUCAGUUGACCAGUUCGUCGUGUACUUGCAUCACAACUAUCCCCCGUUUACGGACACGGUUGACGAGGCGGCGUCGUUCCUAGAGUACCUGAGUCUCUCGGACGCGACGAUGACGAUGAAGGAGCAGAACCGGUACAACCAAGCGGCGAUGAUCAGCUACUACCACUUCCAUCUCUCCGCCCGCGCCGUCCUGCUAGGCCUGCCCUCGCCCGUCACCCGCCGCGGCCAGAAGUUCUUCAAGCCCGCCCUCUGGGGCCAUCUCCGCCAGCUCAACGAGAACGCCGCACUCGCACACGCCGCGCCCCUCCGCACAGACCUCCUCGCCAGUCUUCGGCCUCCCCCCGCCCCUCUCAAUCAACCCACCGCCGACGACCAACACCGCCAUCUUCCUGCGCGCCCCGCCCGGGGCCCAACGCCUCCAGACUGUUGGUCGGUCUUGAGCGCGUCCAAGACCGUCUUGGCCGUCGAGGUCCUGCCCUUCCUGGGCCUGCUCGCCUCGUCACUCGGCGCAAAGCCCGGCGCCGAUCAUCCAAAUGACGAGUUACUGGAGCGGUUCUCGCGCUGGGAGUACCCGAAUGCGCGCCCGACCGAGGAGCAGCUGUCCGAGGACGACGUGCCCGACUGCUCCCCGCCCGAGCCCCCGCCUCCCGCCGCCCGUCCGCCCCCGCCCGACCCCGACAUCGGCCUGGAAUCCCUCCAGCCCCGCCCGACGGCCGGCCUCGACGAGGAGCCGCUGUGGUUCGAGGACGAGGACGAUAUCGUGGACUAG